AUGGAAGAAGCUGCCGCUGCCGCCUUGCUUCAAGUUCUAUUUGAAACCCUCAAGAAUGAGGUCUCACUUGUUCGAGGUUUCAGAAAUGAAGCACAACAGUUAAGUCAGAAUCUGGACAUGAUCCAGAAAUUCUUGAGUGAUGCAGAGAUGGGCUCCAUCCCCGGUGAGGCUGUCAGUGUCAAGAAGUGGCUCACGGAUCUCGGAAACGUGGGGUUCGAUGCUGACAACGUUUUGGAUGAAAUCAAAUACCAUCAACUCUCCAAACAAAGCAAUGCUAUGAAACAAAAGGUAUUAUCAUACUUCUCAUGCUGCCUUCAUAUUUCACGUGCUCCAAGUAUGGCUCAUAGAAUCCAACAAAUCAAUGGGAAUUUGGGGGUCAUUAACCAAAGGGCUGCCGACCUUGGCCUCGUCGGGAGACUUGCUGCUGCUGUGCCCACUUUGCCUGACGUUGCUCGUGAAACUCACUCAUUCUCUCUUGAUCCAAUUUUUAUUGGAAGAGAUGAGAUGAUGUCAGAAAUAGUUGAACAGCUUUCCGCUUGUAUCACAACUGAUGUACGUAUUUCCAUCCUUGCCAUUGUGGGAAUGGGAGGAUUGGGGAAGACAACUUUGACUAGGAAAGUCUUCCAUCUUCUCAAAGAAAAAGGAUCUGUUUGGAUCACAUAUUUGGGUGCAUGUUUCUCGAAUUUUUGA